UGCAGAGCUGCAGUAAGACUCAGAGUCCCAGAAAGCAUUGCGGUGACUCACAAAGGAAAGGUGUUUGCUGUUCAGAUUUAUAGAAACCCGCAUGGAAUCAUCAAGAACAUAUUAACGUUGAUACAGCUCCAAAGCAAUGCCUUGAUGAGAAUAACUGUUGCAGUUUUAGGAGAGAGAGAGGAAAAGGACAGAAAAUGUCUGCUUCAUGUCAUAUAAAAGAUCUUUCAUGGAGUAAAUCAGAGGGAUCUCUGGUUGACCUAGAUGAUGGAAAAUCUGCAAGAAAUGACUGGAAAGGUAACAAGGAAUAUAAAAUGGAUGAGAAGUCCCUCUGGUCUGCAGAAUUUAAGCAAGUGGUCCCUGGUAUGUUUAAGACAAACCCAUUUUGGAAUGAACUGUCAGCAUCCAACCCAUUUUUAGACGAUGUUGCUCAGUUAAGCAGCAAAGAGAAAAGUAACAAGCGUGUAUCUAUCUUAAAAGAAGAUCCCUAUUUAUUUUUUAGAGAUUCAAAUGACAGGGACUCUGCUGCUUCAUCUGGAGAUGAAUUAAAUAUUGAUUAUCUUUUUCUUCAUAAAGCAUCAAGGAUAUCUUCAAAAUCUAGGAGUGCUUCAGAUCUUUUGGAUAUUGUAUGUACCAAGACAUUUGAGCCUUUUGAGCCGCCUAGUACAAGGCCAGUCAACCAUAUUCUACCUCCAGAGAUUGAAUCAAUUCAGAAUGAUCGUGAAGCCUAUAAGACAGCAUGGUUAAAUCAAAGGCAGCUAGCCCGAUCUUUCUUGGAUUUGAAUGCGAUAAAUCAGAGUCCAGGAUGGGCACAAACGCAGUCCAUAGAGACACAUAUAGUGUGCAAAGUGAACCAUGAAGGUGGCUCAGUACAGCUUCCAGAUUCAGACAUUGCUGUUCAUUUCCCUGAAGGACAUGUGCCUUUUGGAGAAUUCCAAGAGGUUGGGUUACAGGCUAUCCUUGACUCUCCAUCAUCACUGAACCAUGAGUUUUCAACCACUGUGAGUCCCUUGAUUAAACUUACAUUAAGUAACCUCAAUACCACAGAAGCCAUUUUACUAGAAAUGAAAAUUGCUGCUGAAGUCAAGAAGGACCCUUUUAGCCAGGUAAUGACUGAAAUCACAUGCCUGUGUGGUUCAAAUAAGGAAGGGCCCUUUCAAAAAGUUCACAGCUGUUACCUCUAUAAAGAUACUAUCCAGGUAAAGCUGACCGACUUAAGUCACCUCAUGUACAUUGUGAUUGUAGCGCAAACAAAUACAGUUAAUUCUCCUGCAAGUGCUUGGGAAUAUAUUCACAGAAAACUUUCAGUUGGAAUUUAUGGGCCCAAACACAUCCACCCUUCAUUCACUGUUGUUUUUGCCCUGUUUGGCCACACGUAUGUUCCAGAGAAGCUUACAGUGUGUGACAUUAAAAAGGGUGGAAAGAGUAUGCCCCCAGUUGUUUUCCAGCUAUGGGGGAAACACACGUUUGUACUUGAGAAGCCACAAGACUUAAAUAUUUUUGUGACCUCCUGCGACCCAGAUUUUGAAGUGAAGGAAGAAGAUCAAGGGAAAGAAAUUAAGGAGGGAAUGUUGAAAGGAGGUGGCCCAGUGAUUCACCAGCACUUCCAAUUUUCAGUCAUCAGUACAAGAAAGAUACAUGUCUUUGUUUUCCGUGUUCAGGUCAAAGUCCCAAACAACAACUUGGUCUGCCAGUUCUAUAUUACAACUCCUCAACCAGCCCCAAAGCCAUUAACUGGCAUAUUCAGUCAGCCAAACCAAUUAGAAAAACACAAGGAGAGAAAAUUGGCACCAUUGUUGUCAGUGCCAGCCAGAAAAUAUCCUACAUUUCAAGAGAGGGAUUUACAUGUUACCAACUAUGGGGUGGCUUUGAAAACAGUGUUACGUCAAAGUAAAAUUGAUUAUUUGCUUGAAUACUUUAAAGGUGAUACGAUAGCACUUCUUGGUGAAGACAAGAUCAAAGCCAUUGGGCAGACUAAAGUAAAAGAGUGGUACGUAGGAGUACUCAGAAGAAAAGUCGGCCUUGUACACUGCAAAAAUAUCAAAAUCAUAACUAAAGACCAAGUAAUGGAUACUGAGGACAAUACAAUCUCAACCAAUGGCCUUGUGGAACAAAUUGCAUUACCUUUUAAAAAACUGACUUAUAUCUAUUCAGCAAUCUUGUCCACAGUGUCAGAGGGAAUUUACGACUGGAAAGCUUUGGCUGAUGCCCUUCAGCUUUCAAAUGUGUCACUGGAUGGUCUGAGUGAGUUACAAGCUGAGGAGGAAUCAGAAAAAGUAGCAUAUAUUGUCAAGAAACUCAAGGAAGUUUGCCACGCUAACAAGAAUGCAAGACGUUUCCUGUAUGUGCUUUCUGUUGCACUUCUCAAGAUGGAUUGCCAAGGAUUACUAGCCCGCAUUACUCAAGAUGCUGUCAUUUUCACAUCAGCUGUAAAGCUUGGGAAAGGCUGGAGAGAAGUGGCAGAAAAAUUAGCCCGACUCACAAAGCAACAGAUCGAAGCUUAUGAAUCCCCACACUGGGGAAGAAAUGGUGAUGUACCUCCAGAGAUGAUGUGGAAACCAGCAUAUGAUUUUCUGUACACCUGGGGAGCUCACUAUGGAGACAGCUACAGAGAUAUGUUGCAAGAUCUACAAUCUGCAUUGGACAAAAUGAAAAACCCUGUGACCAAACAAUGGCGAGAACUGACCGGUGCUCUGAUUUUAGUCAACUGCAUGGAGGUUCUCCGGGCAAAUGCUUUCUCCAAGGUGGAUAAAGAAUAAAAGUUGUUUUCUAAUAUAGAAAGCUGCCUUACAAGUCGUAUGCUGGAAGGCCAAAGAAAUUAAGGACUUGGUGUUCCUUUGAAAAGUAUGUGUGCUACAGACUGCUUUCAUAAGCUUAAUUUUUUUUAUUAAAAAAGUCAUUUAUUUUUUGAGCACCGCUGGUUUUACCUUGCUUUUACUCCUGCCUCUGUACCUGGCACAGCACGUUUCUAUUGCUGUCUUUACUGAAGCACCCUUGUGACAGACUAUAGAAUAAUGUUUUGGAAGUGGAGCUCUCAUGAAAUAAGAGAUGACCAGCAAAAAAUACACUACGGCUCCAUAUAACUGGUAGUAUUGUUCUUGAGAAAGUCAAUUAAAUCAAGACAUUUAUCAUGGGUAUAUAUAGCUGCUGUAAGAAAACCAGGGAUGCCAUUUCACUGUGUAUUACGUAAUGAUGUGCUUGAGGAGGGUUAAAUGGGUAUUUGGAGCCCUGUGUCAAAUAACUUUGUUACUGGUCCAUGUUUCUUCCUGAAAUAUGGUACAGUCCUUGGCAACAAAGGGAAGCAGAGUCCACAAUGGCAGAAUCAUAAAUAAUCCUCCCCAAUGUCUGUGGACAUUGUUACUUUCAUGUGUUUACUCUCUGGCUGUGGAACAACCAGCUCCUUCUGUAUAUAUAGCCACGUAUGGUUAUAUUUUUCCUUCCUGGUCACAUUGUGGCAUCUUCUCCCUCACUCCCAGCAUAGGGUUAUGGGCUCAUCUAUUAUUCCCAGUUUACUGGAGUUCCAUCUCCAUUUACUUUUGCCAGCUUUGCUCUCUGUAGAGCUAGAACACAGAUCUAGAAUUGCUUUUCUGAGACUCUGGCAGCAUACUCUUUGGCCCAGUUUUAUUCUUCAUGCUUGUGCUGAUCCAAGUGGUAAGCAGACUACAUGGCGAGAGGUGCAGAAUUGUUUCUCUGGAACUGUGAGGAAAGCUGCCAAGUGAGAUGGGAACUGCCGUACAACAGCUUAUACAAUUAUAGCUUCUGAAGGCUAAAUGCUUGCAAUUUGGCCAAAGCAGAUUUUUUAUUUCCAUUUGAUUCCCUUUCAGUAGCAACCAAAAACACAUUGUUUGCUGCAAGGGCUGGCAUUUUGAUACCACCAGAUACUUCCAAAGGUAUAUAUUAUUCUUACACCGCUGUAAGUGCAGAAACGUCCUGUGUAGUUGCCAUUUACACAGUUCUUUUUUUACUUGCUCUGUGUUGUGCUAUACAUGUUGGAGUAAUCAAACACAGACAGAUUUUAAGGGAGUCAAUAGAAGUUUUUGGAUCACUGGUUAUUAGAUUUGCCACUACAUUUUCUGUGGUUCAUGUUUCAGGAGACAAGGCAGGUCAGCCUUUCCCAACCCUAGUGGAGGCUAGAUAUGUUUGUCUACAUAUUCAGCCAUCCUUAGUCAACACUGUCAAUUGCCAUGGAGAUUGGAAGAUUAUGGGAGACUGUGAUAGAGCAUUGAGGUUUUCCCACAAGUACUUCUUGACUCAGAGCUCAAUCACAUGUGACAAAAUAAUCGUUUUAUUUUCACCCCUCUUUGGAAUCAAUGCAUUUUAAAAUGUAUUCAUCUCGUGUCUAUAUGUCGAUAGGUACGUUCAUGUUGUUGUGAAAAGAAUCAUUUCAUUCCCAGCUAUUUGAACCAUUUUGGCAGACUACAUUGGGCAGGUAUUUUUAAUAGAUUCUUUUAUUAUGGUGAUGCUGGGGCGAUGCUGGCCAUACCCACCCUUUAAUUUAAAAAAACCUUAUUGAUAUAUUGAUGAAUACCAACACCUCUUUCUUUUCCCCACUCAAAUAAUCUCAAGCAGGGAAUGGCCCUUUCUUGACUCAUGCCCUCUUUCCUACUUGCAAGGGAAGAGGGUCAUGCUUUCUCCUUUUGAGCAAUGUAUUCCUGUGUUGUUGUUGUUGUUGUUGUUGUUGUUGUGGCUGCUGUUGCUACAACAAACAAUUUUCAGACACACCUGUAAUUUUUUUUAAAAAGGGCACAAGUGCAGCAGCCAUGAAGUGGCGACAAUGCCCCAAAACCUAACCCUUUCAAAAAGGAAAUAAAUCAACAGCUGUGUCCUCAUAUGCAGAAUUGAAAUGAAUUCCAUCAAUACGUGAUCAGUACAUUUCAAAACAACUUUGCCAGUGAGGAGGAAAUAAACUGGUUGGUGAAACAAAUGAAUCAAUGUUAGCUGUGCGUGGUGUGAAUGGAAAAAAUUGAAAUUAUCUAAAUAAUGGCACAAUUGGUAUAAUUGGGGUUCUUUUGGCACGUGUGAUCGAGCCCACAAUUUAUUUAAGGUAAACCACCCAGAGUGGCCUUGGCAGCCAAAUGGGUGGUAUAAAAAUCAAAUAAAUAACUAAUUAAAAUAAACUGGUUUAAGUCUACCUGAUUUGCUUACACAAAUUAGUAUUUGUCUAAAGUUGUUAUGUGCCAUCAACUCACAGCCAAUCUACAGCUAUCAUAAGGUGUGUGAGAUAUUUAAGGAGUGGUUCUACCAUUCCGAACCACCCACCCAUGAGUCUCCAUGGCCAAGGAGGAUUCAGAGUCAGGUCUCCUGAGUCGUAGUUUGUCAUUCUACCCACUACACAACACUACCUCCCAUUUUUGUGUUAACUGAACAAAUGUAUACUGCCGUAUAUGCACCAGGAAAUAAAAUUUACUCACUGAUGUUUCUGGCCAGUUAAAUAUCAGAUUGUCAAAUGCUGAUCUGUUUUGGAUUUAAUAAUCAAAGGUAGAAUUUAGCAAAGGUAAAUCAUUGCAAAGGAUUGGUGCAAAGACAGAAUAAUCACAAAAGUGCGUCAAUAGGGUCACUUUCUGUUGGGUUCCUUAUUCUUAUUCAACAAGUUUAAUGCCAUUAGGGAAUGACCUGAAUUGCCUGUUUUUUUAUUGACUUCUCUAAAGAGAGAGUCUGGAGAGAAAUAAAUAGACUCUAAAUUCAACUGCUUUGUGCUUUGACAGUCU